AUGAAACCACUCUGCCUCCUCCUCUUAUGGGCAACGUCCAUUGCUUCUUCUACUUCUUCAUUAAGAGUUGUAGCUUUUGCUUCCGCUUCCAUUAAUAAUUAUGGUUUUGAUCAUCAACGAGAAGCAAUGGAGGCUCUCCUUCAAUGGAAGUCCAGCCUUAUUCUUCUUCCUUAUAACAAUUCCCGUCCACUACUCCCUUCAUGGACACUACAGAUGAUGGCAGCAAACAGAAGCAGCAGCAACAACAACCGAUGCAAGUGGGAGGGAAUUACUUGCAAUGAGGCAACUGGAGUCAUCACCAUCAUAAGCCUCUCCCGCAUGGAUUUGAAAGUAACAAUUGAUAUUCUGGUUCAAUUGCCUUUUAGAAACUUCACAUCUCGUACUAUACUUUGUUUGUAUAGCAACGGUCUCACUGGUUCAAUUCCGAUGUCUUUUGGAAACUUGACAUCUCUUACUGUACUUAGUUUGCAUAGCAACAGUCUCAGUGGUUCAAUCCCUGCUUCUUUUGGACACUUGACAUCUCUUACUAUACUUUAUUUGUACACCAACAGUCUAAGUGGUUCAAUUCCGGCCUCUUUUGGAAACUUGAGAUCUCUUAUUGAACUUGAUUUGAGUGACAAUAGUCUCACCGGCUCAAUUCCUGCAUCUUUGGGAAACAUGAGAUCUCUUGCACUUCUUCAUUUGUUUGACAACAGUCUCAGUGGUUCAAUCCCUGCUUCUUUUGGACACUUGACAUCUCUUACUGAACUUUAUUUGAGUGAGAAUAAUCUCACUGGCUCAAUUACUACGUCUUUGGGAAACUUGACAUCUCUUACUAUACUUUAUUUUCUCAGCGGUUCAAUUCCUGCUUCUUUUGGAAACUUGAGAUCUCUUACUAAACUUGAUUUGAGUGAGAAUAAUCUCACCAGCUCAAUUCCUGCGUCUUUGGGAAACAUAAGAUCUCUUGCAAUUCUUCAUUUGUUUGACAACAGUCUCAGUGGUUCAAUCCUUACUUCUUUUGGACACUUGAGAUCUCUUACUGAACUUUAUUUGAGUGAGAAUAAUCUCACCGGCUCAAUUCUUGCUUCUUUUGGAAACUUGAGAUCUCUUACUGAACUUGAUUUGAGUGAGAAUAACCUCACCAGCUCAAUUCCUGCGUCUUUGGGAAACUUGACAUCUCUUACUAUACUUUAUUUGUAUAGCAACGGUCUCACUGGUUCAAUUCUGACGUCUUUUGGAAACUUGACAUCUCUUACUGUACUUAGUUUGCAUAGCAAUAGUCUCAGUGGUUCAAUCCCUGCUUCUUUUGGACACUUGACAUCUCUUACUUCUAACUGGUUCAAUACCUACUUCUUUUGGAAAUUUGAGCAAGCUAAACUUCUUACACCUGUAUAA